AUGAAUAAUCCCUGCCCUGUGUGCAAUGCAGACCCAAACAUGCUUGUGAGAAUCGAAGAUAUCGGUAGAUAUGUGUGCUCACGCUGUGGAGCAUGGGCCAAUGCAAUCGUGGACGAAGGUCUCGGGUUCCGCAAUUUUCGAGAUUCGGAAUCUGCAGAGGCCAGAAACGUUGCAGGUCGACAGCACACAGAUUUUCAACGGCAAAUCUUCAUCACAGGUGACAAAAGGACAUCUGCGUACACUACCAUUCAGGCUGCAAGUACCGAAAUAAGACGCUUGAGUGCUCGCUGCAAAAUCAACGCAGAGUAUGCCAACAUGGCGCUCACUAUAUUCAACGAGUACAAGAUGAACAAAGAGACGCUUCUGAAAAGCAGGAGUAUUGUUGUCAUCGCGGCUAGUUGUCUCCUUUUGGCUGUGGAACUGGCUGAACAAGAGGAGCGUAAACGCAAUGAGAAGACUGGUCGAUCGAUGUACUUAGGAAUGUCUUCUACCACUGCCCGACAGCGUCUCCAAAAGGAGAUCCAAGGCUGUGGACGAAUCGGAGGCAAGGUCUCUCCAUUGGACCGGCAGUUGAAGGAUAUCAAAGAAAAGGUGCAGCCCAACGCCCUGCAAAGUACAUGCGAGUUUAUUCCUCUCCUUGGAGAUCAGCUCCAACUCAGCGGGGAGCAAAGAAGGGCGCUACUGAAACUUCAUGACCAUAUGAAAUACGUUGAAGACCGCGUUGUGCCAGAUAAGUAUACUGUGCCAGAAUAUGUCAUUCUCCUGCUGUUCUUGCUUAUAGAUGCUGCAGAUCAAACAGGAAUAGAAUUUAAAAAUAUUACAAAGCAAUCUGUUUGUGAAAGAAAAAAUCUUGCCCUCGGGGUCUUAGAAAUGGACGCCGACGGCUUGAAAGUUAGUGAGCAAGAUAUAUUAGCAAGUGCAUACAAAGAGAUACGCGAAGCUAAAUCAAGAAUGGCAAUGCAAAGUGAGGGCAAUGCCAAAGAGGAAAUUAGUAUUUAG